UAAAUUUCUCGCAUGCGUGUUAUUGUUAUGACGUCAUCACUCGCAUGUUUUGAUUGCUAUAGGAUAUCCCUACAACGUCAACAUACAAAAUGAAUUUCGUACUUUCUAGCAAGGUUCAACUUAAAAGACAGAAAUAUAAAUCAUAUUCGCCAACAAAACUGACCAAUGCUUAUCUAGAUGUCACUGACAACAAGCUUAGUGUUGCUAAGGCUGCAAGAAAGUAUUGUCUACCUGAACAGACAUUGAGAGAUCGUGUGCUGGGCCACAUCUCUGUGGACAAUGUCAAGUCAGGACCACCACCAGUGUUUGAUUGUGAACAGGAGGCGAGGUUGGUGCAGCACAUCAAAGAAAUGGGUGCAGUAGGCUAUGCUUACACUAGGGCUGAAGUGGUGGAUCUUGGAUCAGAGUAUGCUGUCCACUUGGGGAUGAAAAGAAAAGAUGACAAGCAUCUUUCUCUGAGAUGGUUUUACGGUUUCAUGGGUAGAUGGCCAGAACUUAAAGUAUGGAGACCCAAAACCAUAUCAGAGUUUCGAGCAAAAGCAACAUCAAGGACUUCAAUAUAUAGGUACUUCGAUGAACUUGAUCGUAUAAUGGAAAAAUAUGAGCUUAAAGACAGGCCCCAAAGCAUUUAUAAUGUCGACGAAAAGGGUGUACAACCAAACUAUAAACCCCCAAAUGUUGUAGCAUCUGCAGAGUAUGUACCCUCUACAUUGUCCUCUGAAAAAGGCCAAACAACAACGGUAAUGGGAUGUGGUAACGCCUUAGGACAUCAAAUUCCACCGUAUUUCAUUUUCGCUGGUAAACGUAUGAGACAGGAGUUGUUAGAAGGAGCCACACCUGGUGCUGAUGGGUCUGUCAGUGAAACUGGAUGGUCUAAUUCAGAAAUUUUUCAGUCAUAUCUGGAAACUCAUUUCAUCAAAUAUGUAACUGGAAUGCAGGACAAACAUACUCUUCUUCUCUAUGAUGGUCACAGGACACACAUAACACCGGAUAUAAUUGAUUGGGCAGUUGAGAAAAAAAUUAUCUUGUAUGUUUUGCCUCCUCAUACUAGCCAUGUUCUUCAGCCCAUGGAUGUUGGUUGUUUUGGGCCCUUUGCAAGAAUAUACAGUUCCGAAUGUCACAAAUUCCAACGCACCACUUCAUCUGUAAUUAACAAGUACAACUUAUGUUCUAUUGCCUGCAAGUCUUACAACUCUGCUCUUUCUCCAACAAAUUUACAGUCUGCUUUUCGUAAGUCAGGUAUAUACCCAUUAAAUAGAGAUGCUAUUGAUCAAUCAUUGUUUUCAAUUUCUGAUGCCAUGCAUAAACAGAGCCAACUAGAGGAAAAUACAUGUACAACAGUUGAAGAUAUCCCUGCCAUUGAAAACAUAACGACUGAACCAGUAAAUGUAAUGUCCAAUUCAGAGAUCAAUGCUGACACAGAACCUAUAUCAUCAAACCCUGAAAAUGGAACUUUCUUCAAUUCUAAAUCAACAAAUUUGUCCAAAAAAAAUCCACCAAAAAAGGAAAGACGUUCCAUCUACAAGAUAGUAGCUGGAAAAGCCAUAACAGAACCAGAGACACGUGAAAAAAUAAAUGAAUACAUUGCGCAAUCAAAGUCAAAGACCAAGGCAACAACCAACAAUAAAUCAACAAAACCUAAAGUUAAUAAAAAUCCUAAGAAAACAACUACUAAACGAAAGCAAAAUGAUUCAUCACCUUCUGUUACUACAACAACCACAAACAAGAAACAAAGGCCUAACCAACAAGAGUCUCAACAACCAGGUCCAUCAGGACUGCAGAACAUAGUCGUUUCUGAUAACUCAAUAUCAGAUGAAGAUGAUCAAGAUGAUAGCACUUUAUGUUAUGUUUGCAACAUGUGGCAGCCGAAGGAGUUACAAGAUUGCAUCUCCAUUGUAUUCACACAAUGGGCCAAGUGUGAAUAUCUACAGUGUGAUCAUUGGACUCAUCUCAAAUUUUGCUGUGAUGUUUCCGUCCUACGCAGAUCAGAUAAAUUUUACUGUCCAUGUCAUGGCUUACCCUGCAAACAGAAAGAGAGUGAAGAAUAA